CCCCUUUUCCUUUUUUUUUUGAAACGCUGGGAGCUUCUCCUACCUCUCACCAUUCAUUGCUCUUCCCUCAAUCCAACCUUCCGUCUAACUGUCACGUCAUUCCGACUCUAUUUUGCGGCGGUCUCAUUCUCUCUCCACCGCCCUUCCACUUUAUUCUCCCUUCCGGCGACGAGGAUUUGUGUUGCUCCUUCCCCAUAUAAACCCUGUUGCUCUAAGACUGAUUUUAGGUGUUAUAUUUAAAGGCUAACCACUAAAAUGAGCUUUGCUGCAUCGUCAGUUGGUUCCGGUGCUAGAUCUACUAGAAGAGCAUUCGAGUUUGGUAGAACCUAUGUUGUCAGGCCUAAAGGUAAACACCAAGCAACUAUAGUGUGGUUGCAUGGCCUUGGCGAUAACGGCUCCAGUUGGUCUCAGCUAUUAGAGACUCUUCCUCUUCCGAAUAUUAAAUGGAUAUGUCCCACUGCUCCUACUCAGCCAAUAUCUAUAUUUGGUGGCUUUCCUUCUACUGCAUGGUUUGAUGUGGGCGACCUUUCAGAAGAUGCUCCUGAUGAUUUGGAAGGUUUGGAUGCUUCAGCUACGCAUGUUGCAAAUUUGUUGUCUACAGAACCUGCAGACAUUAAGCUUGGUGUUGGAGGCUUUAGCAUGGGAGCAGCUACUGCCCUUUACUCUGCAACCUGCUUUACUGUUGGAAAAUACGGAAAUGGCAGUCCUUACCCAGCCAACUUAUGUGCAGCUGUUGGUUUAAGUGGAUGGCUUCCAUGUGCAAAGACCUUGAGUAACAAGUUACAAGGGGUAGAUGAAGCCACAAGACGCGCUCAAACUUUUCCCAUUUUGCUAUGUCACGGACAAGGCGAUGAUGUGGUUCCCUAUAAAUUUGGUGAAAAAUCUUCGAAGUGCUUAAGUUCAACUGGGUUUCAGGAUGUAACUUUUAAAGAUUAUAAUGGGCUUGGACACUACACAAUUCCGGAAGAGAUGGAUGAGGUGUGUUCUUGGCUACGACGAAAUUGGGCCUUGAGGGGAAUGCUGCCUAAUUCGAUUGGGAAGGAAGCAAAAUGUGCAGAAUUAUUCCCCUCUUAGGUCUAUUGUAAGCUCUGAUCCAAUGACAUGAAUGAUAUAAAACUCGACUUUGACCUUGUAUUGGAUGAGUUUCUAGAUGUUUGAGUUUAUUCUUAUUUAAGAUUUUCUAAUGGAGAAAUUUUUAUUUAA